AUGGCCGAAACGACUACUGCCGCCAACCCCAUGCGGGAACUGCGCAUUGAGAAGCUCGUCAUCAGUAAGUGUUGCGAAUCGGGCGCUCGAUUCUGGCUUGGAGCGCGCCCGGCAGCGAAUUGCGACUUUCGCGGACCGGCGCGGCGAGGCGCGGCGAGGGAGGGCAGCGCAGGGGGAAGCGUAGACGACGGCGCUUGCGCAGGAGCACGAUGGUGGAACGAACGCGGGAAUACUAGCAGACGAAAUGACUACGGUCGAGUGAAGGAGAGCAGGCGACUGAUGGCAUCCCUAACCGCACUCGUGCACAGACAUCUCGGUCGGUGAAUCCGGUGAUCGAUUGACGCGAGCGUCCAAGGUGCUCGAACAAUUGACCGGUCAAACCCCGGUCACGUCCAAGGCGCGCUACACCGUUCGUCACUUUGGUAUCCGUCGUAACGAGAAGAUCGCCGUGCACGUCACGAUCCGUGGCCCCAAGGCGGAGGAGAUCCUCGAACGCGGCUUGAAGGUGAAGGAGUACGAGCUCAAGAAGAGGAAUUUCUCCGAGACGGGCAACUUUGGCUUCGGCAUCCAGGAGCACAUUGACCUCGGUAUCAAGUACGACCCCGGAAUCGGUAUCUUUGGGAUGGACUUUUACGUCGUCAUGGGCCGACCGGGUGGACGCGUCGCCAAGCGCAAGCACUGCACCUCGCGCGUCGGUGCCCCCCACCGUGUCACCAAGGAGCAAUCCCAAAACUGGUUCAAGCAACGCGUACGUUUUCCAAUCUGGACGAGUGUCCUGUCAUGUGCUGAUCCGUCUUUCGCCAUCUCUCCCAAACAGUUUGACGGUAUCCUCUUGGGCCGCAAGUAA